ACUUCCGUCCAACUCAUUCCUUCUCAAACAUCAGUUGAGAAAGCGUAAAUCUAACAAAACAGUUCUCUAACUAAGUAUGAGGACGUCUAUUGUAGCAAUAUCGAGCAGUGACGUUUGUUUCUGUCUAAAUAACACUUUUUGAGCCUUUCAAGUGACAGAAAAUGAAGUUUGAACUUUGAAGUGACUACACUCUCACGCCAAAACAACAGCAACAAGCGUCAAGAUAAAUCCCUGGCCUCCCGCCUUCUCCUGCACUGGAUUAUUUGGGCAGACGUGACCGUUAACGCCGCCGGACCUCCAGCAUCAUGAUUUACCUAACAAUGAUUGCACGCGUGGUGGACGGACUGCCGCUGGCUGCGUCUAUACAAGAGGAUGAGCAGUUUUGACAGGCAUCUGUUUGUGGUUUGCUCUCAGUCAUUAAGAGACCUCCAGCAGUACCAGAGCCAGGCCAAACAACUCUGCCGUAAACUGAAUGCCCAUAGCCCUGACCGCUGCACCCUGGAGGCUGGAGACAUGAACUUUCACUACCUAAUAGCACAGGGCAUGUGCUACCUGUGCCUAUGUGAGGAUUCAUUCCCUAAAAAGAUGGCGUUCGCCUACCUCGAAGACCUCAGUAAUGAGUUUUACGACCAGUAUGGAAGGAAGGCGCACGCAGCGACGAGGCCGUACUCUUUCAUUGAGUUCGACACAUACAUUCAGAAAACCAAGAAAACGUACGUGGACAGCAGAGCCAGGAGAGCUCUAGGCAGCAUCAACACAGAACUGCAGGACGUGCAGAGAAUAAUGGUGGCAAAUAUUGAGGAGGUGCUGCAAAGAGGAGAAGCGCUUUCUGCUAUAGACACUAGAGCCAGCAAUCUGUCAACCCUGUCCAAAAAGUAUCGCAGCAAUGCCAGCUACCUCAACACCCGCUCUACUUAUGCCAAGGUGGCUGCUCUGGCCGUCUUCUUCAUCACUCUGAUCGUCUACCUGCGUUUCUGGUGGCUCUGAUGGCUCCUGAAUGUCGGACAUUUACACGGAAGGAGAUGGCGUCAGUCCUGUCUCAUCCUGCUGCAUCUUUAUCAUUUAUUCGGGGAGAGGCUUGGUGAGGGUCCUAAUGGCCUGUCCUAUAAGCAUAGCAGGGGGGUGGGGUAAGUAAGGUUGGCUAAAUGGCUGUGAUUAAGGCCAUUUGGAGAUUAUGCAAAUGAUUUGUCCACCUUAAUGCCCCAAAUACAUAGAAGUAACUCGAACGAAGAGUUUCUCACAGCUCAGUUUGAAGUUGAUCUAUAAGGUUUUUUAAUGGCUACCAUAGAUUUCUGAAAUUGAAAAAUAAAACUAUUUUGGUGCCAGAAGCAUUAAUGUUACUCCUGUGGAUGUUGUGGGUGGGAUUUUUUUUUUUUUUAAAGUAUCAAAAGUGAUGUCAAAUAUUUUCCUAAUGUGCUGGGAUUUCUUUGUGUUCUUUUGGUGGAGAAUUUGUAACAUCUGUAAUGUUGAGAGAAGCUGUUUACAUGCUGGUGUUAGGGUUUCAGUAUUGGAUUAAAUCGUUUAUAAAGUCUUAAUGUUUUGGGGUUUUUUUCCCCAAUGUUUACACUGCACUGUUGCGUUUGACAAAAAUAAAUACCAGUGUUUGUUUCUACUACA